GGUGAGUUUCAGUCGCCACUCGGUCAUCUUGCCGAACGGGUGGAUUCGAGGAAUCGAUUUAUUCGCGCGUACGCGCUCCUCACACGAAAUCUCGUACUUGAAUUUUUAACUUUUUCCUGCUGUCUCUGAGCCUUUAGAAAAGGGUUGCUCUUCUUCGAUUCGCAGAAAAUUGUUAUUUGAACACAGUGUUUUGAUCUCUGUUCCGUCAUCAGGAUAUACGUAUCGAGUGCGAUUUGUGCACAAUUUGUGUAUGAGAACGUGGUGCUGCAACCGGUCAGCGCGCGUGCACCCUACGACGAUCGAUCGACUCGGGAUACGAUACGAUCCAGAGAGAAGCGAUGGACGAAACCACUCUCCUACGAGACAACAGAUAGAGAAGGAAUCCGAGAAUAAGGAACAACAAUAUACGUGCUACCGCCCCUCGUUGCUACCAUCAUUUGGACAGUUUCAAUUACUAACGAUUUGACAUCAAUCAUCAGAAGAUUUUUUGUAAACGAGAAACCGACAAGGGCAAAGCCAAAUCGCCCUGGAAUAUACGUUAAGACUUGCCGAACGAGAAUUGCAUGAUCGAAUCGGCGAUAUCCUGCAAGUGCUUCUCAUUGUGAGAUAGCACAUUCCCGCGAAAUAAUCAUGUGACUGUCGACAUCUCACAUCCAACCGAUCUCUACCGAGGGAUGUUCUCCUCCGCGGAUACCGCCUGCACGGACGCUGAGGAGGACGCCGAGGAUGUGGAGAACGACGUCGCGGGUACAACGGCGCAGUCGUCACGUUACCUGUCGUCGUCGUCAUCGUUGUCGUCGUCGUCGUCGUCGUCGUCGUUGUCGUCGUCGUCGCGAAUUCGUCACCGUCGCCGCGAGAGCGAUUACUUGGAAGGAUUGCGGUUAAAUGGGUCAUCGGUCGUGUAUCGUCCGCCAUCGUCCGACGACACUUCCGGGAGCACUGUCGAGGACUCACGCCCAUCGAUGUCUUGGGCGCGCGGAUAAGAAGAGGGCAUCGUCCCGCUGGUCCCGCUCACCACGAUCGACAACACACGUGAUCAUCUUCGAGGGACGGUCAGGUGGAUCGAUCGGCGCCGCACUCCGAUUGAUCAUCCACCUCCUCCUCGUUCCUCGCGACGGCUCGAUUGUCAGACUCUUCCAGCCGAUAUUUAUUCCGCACGGAUUCGACGAAUUGUACGAUCGCGUCCACGAACGAGCGACUGUUGGGCCGAUCGUUAGAUCGGUUUGUCGACCACGGUCGACAAUAACGAUCAGUGGUGUUUUUGAGACGAGGUCAGGAAAGUCGAUAAACGAAUUCGCCGAAUCGAGCGUGCGCGGUCAGGCACGUGUGACUGGAAUUUCGAAUGAGUAUCAAACGUGCAAAUCGAUAAACGAAUUUGAAACGCGCUCGAGAAUCCUCGAAAGGCCAGGUGGACCAUCGACCAGCAACGCGCCAGUCGCCGCUGGUGUUGAGCGGUCCUUUGGGUCACUACUAAUCCUCUCGAACAUCAUCGGCUUCCCCGUUGAAUUGUCAAUCCGAUUUGUAAAAUCGACCUGGCGAAAGAAUAAUAAAAACUGGCUCGAAAGAAUCGUCGAUUUCAAGAAACGAAUCUCGAUAAUCGCACGACUGAUCUUCGCCUUCCAUCGAUUAUCAAACGAGCAAACAAUUAUACGUGUUGAACACGUGUCAAUUUUCUUAGAUAAAUUGAGCGAACCAGUAAAUCACUUUUUUCAACCAGCUAUUCUCAAGACGAUCAAUUUCUACGAAACGAUCUGUUUUUCCUUCUUCUCGUCGAGAAAAUCGUUGAUACACAUAGCUGCCCCAUUCCGAGCUGCCGUGAUGAUGUCAGGAAGGAGGACGUCGUUCAGGUGACGAAAAAAGUCGUCGCUCCCACCUUCGCCAUUAUUUAUCGAAGAAUCAUCGACGGAAGCUUUUUUCAACUUCCAUGCGAUCGUUUAAUGGGAUAGUAAACGACACGAGGAUCCACGGCAAGAAAAAUCUCUCAAGAAAUUCGCCUUUGUUUUUUUUUUGUUACUCGCAAGUUUCGGUUGAUAGAAAAAUCGUGGACACAGCCGUGAUAAUCUUUAAUGCCGAAACAAAACGCCAAAACCGAAUCAAAACUUGUUCCAUAAGUUCUAUAAGCAACAAAAAAAGUCUUAUUGAUUUGUCGAAAGUAAUUGAGAAACGAAAAAAAUGAGAAACUAUCAAAUUUUUUCUGUCAAGAGUGCUGCGAAAUCAUUUUAUUACUGCGAAAUUGUAAAAUUCUUCUAAAAAAACUAAUAAUGAGUGCUUUUGCUUCAAAGAGUCACUUGUACGCAGUUACAUAAAACCGCGUUAAAAUUGUUUUAAUGUAUUCCAAACUUUUCCCGUGUAAGUGCUGGUGCAAAUCGUACGAUAUCAAUCUAAUGAAUUGUAUGGUGAAUCGUCACGUUCGAGUGUUAUCACAAAUGAUUCCAAGUGCGUGAGGUGUGUCAUCAUUUUGUUACAUGUAUAUCAAAAGAUAUACCUGAGGUGAAUUACUAGUGAAUUACAGCGAAUGAAAAGAGAAAGAGAAGACGAGAAAAUACGAAGAAUUUUCGUUAUGUGUCGCAGGCGGCUUAUAAUCAUUCUAGCCGGCACAAGCUGGCCGAGAUCCUGAUAGCCAUCGCAGCGACCAGGAUCCGGGACCAUUCAAUAAAGAAAGGAUGCCAGGGGGGCGUAGGGGCCUAGUAGCCCCCCAAAACACGUUCCUGGAAAAUAUCAUACGACGGAGUAGCAGUCAACCUGACAGCAGUUUUCUACUAGCAAAUGCUCAGAUCGUCGACUUCCCGAUCGUCUAUUGCAACGAGAGCUUCGUCAAGAUCUCCGGCUACAAUCGUGCCGAGGUUAUGCAAAAAUCAUGUCGUUGUGGAUUCAUGUACGGGGAGCUAACGGACAAGGAAACUAUUGCCAGAAUCGAGGAAUGCCUCGAGGGUCAGAUUCACGAUCAAUUCGAAAUCCUGCUGUACAAGAAGACCAGUAGCCCAAGAGAGACACCAUUAUGGCUGCUAUUACAAAUAGCGCCCAUCAAAAACGAACGAGACCUCGUGGUCUUGUUCCUGUUGACGUUUCGAGACAUCACCGCCCUCAAGCAACCCAUCGAAACGGACGACAGCAAAGGUGGUCUCUCCAAGUUCGCGAAGCUUGCCAGAUCAGUCACCAGAUCGAGAUCGGUUCUAGUUUCUCAGUUCAGCUCCCAUGUGCCGGCCUUGAAAGACACAGCUGUACCGACCACCACCAAACAAUCACAUCUAGGUCAUAUGAUGUCCUUAAGUGGCGAUGUUAUGCCACAAUACAGACAAGAAGCGCCGAAAACACCGCCACACAUUCUUUUACAUUAUUGUGCAUUUAAGGCAAUUUGGGACUGGAUCAUUUUGUGUUUGACCUUUUAUACAGCCAUCAUGGUGCCGUAUAACGUCGCGUUUAAGAAUAAGACAAGCGAGGAUGUUUCCUUGUUAGUUGUAGACAGUAUCGUCGAUGUAAUAUUCUUCAUCGACAUUGUGCUAAAUUUUCACACAACAUUUGUUGGCGCGGGUGGAGAAGUAGUAUCUGAUCCGAAGGUAAUCAGAAUGAACUAUUUGAAAUCUUGGUUCAUCAUAGAUCUACUAAGCUGUUUGCCGUACGAUGUAUUUAAUGCCUUCGAUCACGAUGAGGAUGGGAUAGGUAGUCUGUUCUCGGCUCUGAAGGUGGUACGGCUGUUGCGACUCGGUAGAGUCGUACGCAAGUUAGAUCGUUAUCUGGAGUACGGUGCCGCGAUGCUCAUUCUUCUGCUCUGUUUCUACAUGUUGGUUGCUCACUGGCUGGCCUGUAUCUGGUAUUCGAUAGGGAGGUCAGAUGCCGACAGUGGGUUGCAAUAUUCAUGGUUGUGGAAGUUGGCUAAUGUCACUCAGUCACCGUACAGCUACUUGUGGACCAAUGCCAGCACCGCACCCGAACUAGUAGCUGGCCCGUCGCGCCGUACAAUGUAUGUCACUGCUCUUUACUUCACAAUGACUUGCAUGACCUCCGUGGGCUUUGGAAACGUUGCAGCCGAAACCGACAACGAGAAGAUUUUUACCAUCUGUAUGAUGAUUAUCGCUGCCUUAUUGUACGCCACGAUCUUCGGUCAUGUCACCACAAUCAUCCAACAAAUGACGUCCGCUACCGCCAAGUAUCACGAUAUGUUGAACAACGUAAGAGAAUUUAUGAAGCUCCACGAAGUGCCGAAAGCUCUUAGCGAGCGCGUCAUGGAUUACGUUGUCAGCACGUGGGCGAUGACCAAGGGCUUGGAUACGGACAAAGUUCUCAACUACUGCCCCAAAGAUAUGAAGGCCGACAUUUGCGUACAUCUUAACCGGAAAGUCUUUAAUGAACAUCCCGCCUUCAGAUUAGCGUCCGACGGGUGUCUGCGUGCCUUGGCGAUGCAUUUCACGAUGUCGCACAGCGCACCUGGUGAUUUGCUGUAUCACACAGGAGAAUCCAUCGAUUCUCUGUGCUUCAUCGUGACCGGCAGCCUCGAGGUCAUACAGGAUGAUGAAGUGGUGGCAAUACUGGGGAAAGGCGACGUUUUCGGCGACAGCUUUUGGACGAAUCCAACGAUCGGCCAGAGUGCAGCGAAUGUUAGGGCGCUUACUUAUUGCGAUUUGCACACAAUCAAGCGAGAUCGGCUCUUGGAAGUGUUGGACUUUUAUCAAGCCUUCGCAAACUCCUUUGCCAGGAACCUGAUUUUAACUUACAACUUGAGUCAUCGGCUCAUCUUUCGAAAAGUCGCCGAUGUCCGUCGAGAAAAGGAGUUGGCCGAAAGAAGAAAAAAUGAGCCACAAUUGGAUCAAGCUCAGGAUCAUCUGGUUCGCAAGAUCUUCUCGAGAUUUCGCCGCGAAAGACAACACACUGCCGACGUAGAGAAGGGCGACGGUAAAGACGCCAAGGAUGGCGAAACGUCGCAUGCCAAGAAGCUAUCUACUCCCGAGGAAGGUGGAACAACCAUCACGAAAACGCGACCCGGCAAGUGGGGUCGUUUAUUAGGUAGCUCAAGUUUAGACACUGGUAGCGAAUCGGGCACAGCCGGCGAUACAUUCAAGCGAUCUCUUAGCGCUAGAGACCCGCGGCCAGGAUCUAGUGCUGGCACCAACAAGGUCUUCCCGAAGCUGAGCAAAUUGGGAGGCACAAUCGAAGAGAGCGGCGAUAAUGUCGAAAAAGAUGCUCAGCAACAGCAGGCGCAACAAGCGCAGCAGACCCUCAGCGUAGACUCGAAGCAAUUGCAGUUGCGACGUCUAGAGAGCUACGACGGUGGUCUGAUUACGCAGCAAUCGAGUCACGAGCGGGAGAUUCUUGCGGCGGUACUGGAAGUGAAAGUGGAUUUGAAGCUAGAAGUGCAAAGGGUAAAUCAGCGGCUAGCCAAAAUCGAGGACAUGCUACAGGCGCUGAUGAACAAAUUGCCUGCAGCCGUCGUCGGAACGUCAUCGUCCGGCGGCGGUAACGGCGGCAGUAAUUUUCAACAACAGAAGAUUCCGAGCUUCACUCUGAGCGGUGUUGUCCAGAGUUGUCAAUCACCCGCCACCUCGAGCGCGAUAACGUUGGUUCAGUCUGCUACUCAGACUACUGAGUACAGACCGUCGAUCGCUACCACGUCGACAUCCACGACACCGAGCGAGGGUUAUCGAGAGCAGUCGACGGCGACGGAGCGUGUGUCGAAGAGCGGCCAGGAGCACCACCAUCAUCAUCACCAUCACCAUCAAUCGUCGUCAUCGCGGGAUGUCAACAAGGAGCUUCUGGAGCGGCUGGCGCAGGCCUCCACGUCGCGCGGCGAUGACUCGAAUGCCCUGGGGCCGCUUAUCCUGCGUAAGCGGCGCAGCAAAUCGCGCAACAAAGGUGCGGCGCCGCUUGCUCCUCUCGCCACGCAGCCAAUGAGUCCUUCAGAGGCCACGGAAACCACGCAGAUGCUCGAGUGUACCGAUGAUCGGGACUCGAGCGGUGGACCGAUCGACAGGACUGUCGCGGACAGGACCGCCGAGAGAUCCGACCGUAAGAGACCACCGCCCAGACCGAGGGAGUAUUUGUGAAAGUUCUUUUUGCACCGAUUAUCUCUUUCCUUCCUCUCCUCGAGACAAUCUGCCGCGGCGCGGUCAAAAAAAGUUCAUCAUCCAAUACGCUUGGUAGUUUAGUUUCUCGUGAGAACAUAAGUCCGCUGUACGAUAACGCGCUCGCAAUUAUCUUAUUCUAAAACGUUCAUGUAAUAUGUACAUCGAACAAUCGCUACUGUUCGUUAUUCUCUCGUUUUAUUUACGUGCAUGAUGAUGGCAUGUUACGCGGUGGUUCAUCAUUUCGUGAUGCAGCUGGAAGAUUUAAUUGUUGGCUACUUUACGCGUGUGACUGAACUUCUUCGAUAACUGCACUGAUUGAGUACUGAUUGUGAAUAAGUUGAUUCUGCUUUUUUCCGAACAGCAAACGUCGCUGUUAACGAAUAUAAAGUGUCGAUAUUUCUGUUUAUAUAUCGACUCUGAUAAAAUAUAGACAUAAUACGUAUUUAAA